GAGAGAGAGAGAGAGAGAAGCUGAGCAGAAGAGAAGUGAGCUUAUUGCAGUUGUCUUUUGUUGUGAAGAGAGCCGGCUUCACCCUGGGUUUUAUUCCUCUAUAAGCUGCCACACCAUGGACCUUUCGGAGCAGAUUUCCUCCCUCUUCACCUGUAAUGUCACCCCAAGUGAGAAGCCUCAGCUUGAUAUAGGUGUCUCCAAAAGGGAGCCCCUAAAUAUAGCUGUCCCCAUGACCAUUUUCUACAGCAUCAUUUUCUUCUUUGGAGUUACACUCAAUGGUGUGAGCUUACUGACCCUCCUCAUGGAUGCUCAAAUGAGAGUCAGUGCCAUUCGUUUCUACCUCAUCAGCCUGGUCAUAUCAGACAUCUUGCAGCUGUUGACCCUCCCGGUGACUUUGUAUCGAUACUAUUGGGAGAGCUACCCAUGGCGUCUGGGCCGCACAGUGUGCAAAGUCUACUUCAUGGUGCGUCAAGUGUACUGUGCCACCACAAGCUGGGUUAUCAUGACCUUCACCACUGAGCGCUACGCAGCCAUUUGCCACACGAUGUGGUCCGUCUCCAACUUGAAGAAGUUUCGGCUGCCGUCCCUCCUUGCAGUCUGGAUCAUUUCUCUGGUCUCGGCGGUGCCCUUUGCUCUGGUCUAUGACCAGGCUCUUGCCUGCAUCCUGGACUACACUGCCGCUACACAAGCAGACGCCUUUCACGUGUCCACCAUGUGUGAGAUGACAGAGCCGGAUCCUGCACAUAUUUACAAAGGUGCUUUGCUCAUCAGAGCGGGAAUCUUCUUUCUGGUCCCACUGGUCUCCAUCUGUAUUCUCUAUCUGCUCAUCCUGCUCCACCUGAUGCGGAAUGGACGUCAAAGGAGAAAUAUGGGUAUAACCCGGCUGGAUCCAGAAGGAAGACGAGAUAUUCAGUGCCAUCAGAAUGGAAAGCUACUUUUGAAUGAAAAGAGAGCUCUUAAACUGAUGGGUGCGGUUUUGGUGGCCUUCUUUGUUUGCAACUUUCCGGACAUUGCCUCGUCGCUGAUGCAGGUUUACGUGGUGGUGUGGUCCGACACGGUCCAUUCCGUCUACACAAUCCUGAAAUCGUACUUGUCUCUUCCACUGUGGUAUAUCAACGGGGCUCUGGACCCGCUGCUCUUCUGCAUUUCCUCCCGCACAUUUCGUAGGGCAUGCUGUAGAACUCUGGGUAGGCUCAGGUCUCACUGCUACUGGAAAUUUGGAAGCAUGCGUCAGAGAACAUCUAUUGAAGAAGCAAGCACAACAGCCAUUAAGAAGAAUUCUGGUAAAUGCUAUGGAGCAAACAUGGCCAAGAAGAGAAACACAAUCUCUGACCAAACCAAUCCUAAAAUUGGAAAUGCCAUGAAAGCCCCUUUCAAGAAGAGCAGCGACAAGCGAACUGAAUUGUUAUCUCUUGUUGCCCCUCGUGCAGUUGUUGUUGCUGUAUUAUUGAAAAGAAUAUAUAUAUAUAUAUAUAUAUAUAUAUGUGUGUGUAUUUCGCAGGGCAUGCUGUAGAACUGUAUACAUGCUGUAUACAUAUGUAUAUACAUAUAUACAUAUAUAGUAUAUCCAGCUCAACCAUUACAGUACCUUUUGGUUUUGGAACAUAUUUUGGUUUUAACAAUAACAUCUAUCUAUAAAAAAGGAAAUGAUUGUUUUCCUACUCAGUAUCUCAGAAUGUAGUUGUAGGCUGUCAUUUUUCUGUUUCUGUUUAUUUCGUGCCUGAAAUGGGGUUAGGAUUUGUAUGUGUGGUGCUUAGAAGCUUAAAUUAUUGUGAUGGAUGUGAAGACCUUCAAUGUCAAGUGUGAUAUGACACACUGAAAGUACUGGGUAAAAUAUGCUAGUGUUUAUUUCUAUGUUGGGUUUGAAGUAUUAAGUAUAUUGUUCAAUAGUUUGAGAAAACCUUGUACAACUCCGUUCUUAAUAUAAAUGUUGCUACAUGCUGCUACACUGCUGCUGCUACACGCAAUUUUGCAAGUGCCAUUGCCAGAAAAAUACCAAAUGAUGAAACUUCAUCACCUCUGAGGUACCAGUGGACACAAAAAGCACUUGAUGCUGCAGACUCUCCUGCCUAUGUUUAAAGUGUAAUGAAAAUGUUGUAUCAGCCUACUAAUGUUCUGUGGACUGGAAACCCUUCUCUUAACACAACAAUGUAGUUUGUUGAACUAAAAAUACAUUUUUACAUACAAAUACAUACAAAGCGUAGGACUGCAGGUUAACUUACACUAACAUUCUGAUAAGCUCAUAGUUGACUCAAGGGUUAAAAGGUCAAAUGAGCACUUGAAAGGGAUCACUAACAGUCCCACAAAGAAUCAUCACUCAACUCUGCAGUGACAUAUGUGAUUUUUCAUUCAGUUUUGCCUUUGUCAGUAUAUGAAUCUCUCAACAAAUUGCUCUUUUUCUGCUGAACUUACAACCGUUCCCUAACACACCUAACUUAAAUUGGCAGAAUGUUACAUUCAAUUACUCAAGUUUCAAUUUCACAAUACUUUAAACCACUUGUCCACAGUUUAGAAGCAUAUAUUGUAUGGUUUUACAAGAAUUAAACAACUUGAGGCGGUAUAGUUGCUUUGCAGAUUGUGAUUAUUAAUACAUAGUAUAAGUCUAAAUAAAAAGAUGAUAUAUUAAUAGAUCAA